AUGUCUGCUGGCCUCACCGCACCGUUGGUAGGCGUAUGGGCAGACCACCACGGACGCCGUCGGCUCUGCCUCACAUUUUGUAUUACCUACACGCUCACUUGUAUCUGUAUCCUCUUUCCUUAUCUCCCCGUCCUUCUGGUUGGCCGUGUCCUCGGAGGCGUAUCAACCUCCAUUCUAUACUCCGCUUUCGAAUCAUGGCUCGUAUCCGCCUCGAACUCGCUGGUCCUUCCGCAGUCUGAUCUCUCGGGUAUCAUGGGACGAGCAUCGUUUGUGAACGGGAUUGUCGCGGCCGCUGCUGGUGUGGUUAGUAACCAGCUUGUUGGCACGACUGCGUCAUUUGCGUCUCCGUUCGUGGCUAGUGGGAUAUUGCUCUUGCUGGCUUGGGUUGUCAUUCGAGGCAGCUGGGCCGAGAAUUACGGUGUUGGCGGCGGCACGUCAGCAGCCAAUGUCGAUCCGCUCCAACUCAAACGGCUUGGUCAAGCGUGGAGGAUUAUUCGCAGCGAUCCAUCACUGCUAGUGAUCGGCCUUACGCAGACAUGCUUUGAGGGAUCCAUGUACCUCUUUGUCUUCAACUGGGUGCCUGCGUUGCAAGAGGUUGCUGCCGCAGACGCUUCACUCCCGCUCGGAUAUAUCUUUUCAUCCUUCAUGGUUUCUAUGAUGAUCGGAUCGCUUCUAUACACCUCCGUCGUCGCUCUCUUUUGUCCUCCCGAUCCCAACCCGCGGGAUCCAAUCAUCUCAGUCUCGAAGAGCGACGGUCCGCUGUCACUUCAUGCCAAACUCAGUUCUCUUGUAUGCGCUAUCAGCUCGCUCGCAUUCGCGGUUCUCUUCAACGUCCAAAGCGAUAGUCCGCAACUUGUCUAUUAUCCUUCGGAUGCAUGGAGCCCGACCGCCUGUGAUCAAAUAAACGGUACACAGCUACGCGGGUCGGUAACUGCUGGGGCGUGGGUAAAACUUACUUUCACCGGGACAUUUGUUGACGCAUACGGUGUGGUGGGGACACAGGGAACAAAUGCGACUUUCCAGUUGGAUGACACGAUACCAUUCUCGCUCGAGCUUCCCGGGCAGAACACUCCUGAUCCCCUGCCCUUGUACUCAUCCUCAGCAAAUUUGACCGCUAGCGAGCAUACCCUGAAAAUCACCACAGGAGCUGGACCUCCCCUGUGCUUGAACUUCUUCCAGUAUUCUGGCUUUAAUGAUACCAUAGAGGCUCCAACGCCCUCUGCUAUAUCCAGUAAUAAAGUAAGCUCGCCCUCAGUCACAGCCGUCCAUUUGCCCUCCGGUGAACAUUUGAAAGCGGGGGCCAUCUGCGGCAUAGUAGUUGGAUGCGUCGCCGUGGCCCUUCUUGUCAUCCUGGCCGUUCUCUACACGUUCCGCCCAUCAUGUUUUUGCCGAGUGAGACGGAAGAGUCCCCACCAAGAAGAUGGAGUCAAAGUAGCCAUAGACGAUCCACCUGAACCUUCGCGACGAUACACGCUGAAUGUGGGCGUCUUGAGGAAAUUCAUCCUCCAGCAGAGCGGUAUGAAUGUCACUCACCCAGCCUCCGGAUCCUCUGGUCCGACGUCAUCGUCGGCAAUGUUUUCAUCUGUCAUCGUCAUGACACCCCCUGUAUCGUCGUCCAACGGAAGCUCCAGCCGCAAUGUUAGUGACCGGCAUGAUGUACGCACCAAUACAUACUUGGCCGUCAGCAAUGGGUAA